AUGGCGCACUUCCUUCGAGGCAAGCAGGCUGGCAUCCAAGGGGACUUGUCCGCAGGUGUCACGCCUGAGGCCUUCAUGCUAGACGAUUUCGCCCGGUACGGCAUCAACUCGCAAAUAUCGGUCCUUGCCUAUGACGCGGUGCAGUCGCUCCUCGCCGUCGGCACCAACGAAUCCCAAUUCGGACCUGGCAUCGUCUACGUCUUCGGCCAGAAACGAGUCUGCGUGACAUUUACUCCUCCUCGACGCUCCUCCAUUCGAGACAUUCAGUUCUGCGCCGACAAGCUCGUCGUACUGGACAGCAAGAAUGAUGUCAGUGUCUUCAACCUCGACUCGAAGCACUUACAAGCCAACUACGCGCCUCCAGGCCAUGUCACUGCUAUCCUCUCCGAUCCGAGUUUGGACUACGUUUUCUCCGGAUUGCAAAAUGGAGAUAUUGUGGCGUUCGACCUCGACCGCGAAAAUAUAACCGCCUUCAAGAUUCCCAAUCUCUGGCGCGAGCGGAAUCCCAGGGCGCGGGUAUUGCCAAUAGUGUCGAUGCAGUUUCACCCCAAGGACAUCGGUACGCUGCUCAUUGGUUAUUCCGAAGGGGCCGUCAUCUACUCUUUCAAGCAGAACAAGGCUCUCAAGUUCUUCCAAUAUGAACUGCCGCGCGGUGCUCGUGGUGGGGACGCAGAUCAUACAACCACAAACACAGUGCGGUACCCUCGCCUUACGCGCGCUCUGUGGCACCCGACCGGCACAUUCAUACUGACGGCUCAUGACGACUCGAGCUUGGUCUUCUGGGAUCCCCGCGAUGGAAGGGUGGUUCAUGCCCGGACCAUUGAGGACACAGACGUCAACGUACCCGGGGCAGGAUCCUCACGUCAAGAUCUCCCUAGAAGUCCCAUUACACCUGUGAGCCCUGGCUUGGGAAGUGCUGUUAAAGAGCCGUACUUCCACAUAGCCUGGUGCUCGAAACAGAAUCCCGAUGACACAGGUUUGCUUCUGGCUGGUGGUUCUUCGACGACGAACCCGACUCGAGGUCUGACCUUCAUCGAAUUUGGGCCGACGCCGAACUACCAGACAUCAACUUGGGAUUUUCUGGCUGGCCACUUUCGGAACCCCAAACGGGUGCACAUUCUCCCAACUCCGGCUAAUGCUACAAUCAACACAUUUCUCCCUAUACCUCGCUCAUCUCCUCAUUUUGGAGGCUCUCACGAUCCUAUCGCCGUCAUUACUGCACUGUCGUCUGGCGAAGUCAUCACCCUCAGCUUCCCAUCCGGACAUCCCAUCACGCCUACUAAUCAACUCCACGUCUCCUUAUCAUUUGUGCACCCAUUCGUGACCAAAACAGCUCUGGCGUUUGUUGACCGGACCCGGUGGCUCGGUAUGCGCGAGGUUCGCCAGCAUGGCCCAAACUUUUUAACGGGUGGUGCGGAAGGAACAAAACCUCUCAAGCGGCACGAAAACAGGAACGUCAUUCAAGCAGCCCAUGCUGAUGGCACCAUUCGAGUGUGGGAUGCCGGGCAUGGCGACGUUAUUGAGAACCCAGGCGUGAUUCAAGUUGACCUGGGCAGGGCUGUGGGCCGCUGGGACCAGCUCGAGGUCACGCAAAUGAGCAUGUCCGGAGCUACAGGAGAGCUAUCAGUCGGGUUGAAGUCAGGAGAACUAGUCGUCUUCCGACUCAACCGAAACCAAGGCGCUGGAAAUCCUCCGACGCCUCCGGGCCCUAAUGCAGGACCUGGAAAAAUGCAAGAUAUUAGCGACCGCGCAGACCCGGGGCUGAAAGAGGGCCUCUUACCAUUGACCAUGACAAAUGACCAGCAAGGCCCUGUCACUGCGUUGCAACAUGCGGAUGUUGGCUUUGUGGCUGCAGGGUAUGCGGCAGGUGGAGUGACCAUAGUUGAUCUUCGAGGCCCAGCUAUCAUCCAUACUGCUGUCUUGUCGGAAAUCGUUGCCGGCAGUCAUCGUCGUGGUAGUAUCAGGCGACCGACAGCUGCCUCUCCGUCUUCGGAGUUUCCCACAGCCAUGGAGUUCGGUAUCUUGACCCUGGACGGCGACGACUACUCCUCACUUGCCCUCUUUGUUGGCACGUCUCGAGGUCGGGUGGCUACUUUCAAGAUCCUGCCAUCCCAGACUGGCCGAUACUCUGCUCAAUUUGCGGGCGUAGCAAAGAUCUCUGACGAUCGAGUCAUUUCGUUGUGUCCAAUUGACUCUCAUACAGGUGCGCCGGCAUAUGCUUCGGGCUACGCAAUGGGCGGACUACAAUCCGGUCGCAAAGUCGACGGUGUCCUCGUGGCAGUUACAGCCUCAUCAGCCCACAUCUUCCGCCCUGCAUCUGCAAAGGGCGCAUCCAAGACCUUCGACAACUAUCUCUGCGACUCGGCCACAGUAGCGCGCUACGAAGAUCGUGGCUAUGCGCUCGUUGGUCUUUUCGGCGAUGGCGCCGCCCGAGCAUUCUCCAUCCCCGCGCUGAAAGAGAUCGCAAGCACCAGGGCAAACCACCUUUUGGACACGAAACGUUUUGGCGACGCGAUUGUUACUCCUACUGGUGAUAUAUUAGGCUGGGCCGGACCAAGCGAGCUAGCCAUCGUUAACGUCUUCGGUUGCGGCACGUCCCUCCCACCUAGCACAGAUCGUCUGUACGACGCUGCGAAAUCUAUCCCUCCUCGUCCCACCAUCAGCAACCUACAAUGGAUCGCCGGCACCCAAUACAUUACACCGUCAGACAUGGAUAUUCUGAUCGGUGGCCCCGACCGACCACCUUCGAAGAGAAUGAUGGCCGAGAUGCGUGCCGCCCAGGAAGCUGAAUUUGAACGUCAGCGUGAAGCAGCACGUUCGGGCCGAGCGGUGAAACCGGAUCAGAACCAGGAGGGCUACUGGGCAUACAUGCAACGGCAGAUUCAAGAGAGGACAGAGAACCUAGGCCUGGCGGGCGACAGUCUCGACAGGGCUGCCGAGAGCAGUUCCAGUUGGAGCGAUGGAGUGGAUAAGUUUGUGGCCAAGCAGAAGCGGGCGGCGGCGCUGGGCUUUAUUGGGAGUAAAUUUGGGUUCUAA